UACGAAACUAACACUACUAAAACAAAAAUUCCAUAUAAACACAUUGCUUGUAGUUGACACAUGAAUUAUUUGUUUUAUAAAAGUUGACUUCUUCUGAAAUGAUUGAUCCUGCCGGACAAGCAGAGCCAACAACAAUAUGCAGUGAUGUCAUGAAUGACCAAGAAAUUCGACAAGAAACAUGGAAAUUCUUUGAUCUAAUCCCCCAAACUAACACAAAUGAAGUAGCAAUUACAUGGUUAGCCAAACACCGGCUAAUUAGCAAUUGCGUGAAGUGUUCCACCUGUAGCAAUUUAUGUACACUGGUCGAUCAUCCGGAAGAUAUUGACGGAAAGAGAUGGAAAUGUGAUCUGGACUCCUUCACUCAGUCAGUCCGCAUCGGAUCGAUUUUUGAGGAUAGUGACGUCUCACUGACAACAUUUAUAUGGCUUAUGUAUAUGUGGUCCAGAGAGCAUCUAAAUUCUGAAAUAGCUCACGAAACAAAAGUCAAUGUAAACACUAUCGAUGAUUUGUGUCAGUAUAUCCGAGAAUUAUUGGAAGGAUUCUUAGAAGACCAUCCGACUGAAUUAGGUGACGACCCACCGGAGAUAGGCGGUUUCGAUUCACAAACUGGUAAACCAAAAGUCGUCGAAAUAGAUGUGACCACAAUUUCCAAACCUAAACCUAACGGGAAAAAACAUGUGAAAGGAUAUAAGGUUUUUGGAGGAAUUGAACGAGGAAGUGAAAAAUGUUUUCUAGUGCCAAUUGAACAUCGAAAUAAAGAAGCUUUCGAAGCUGCAAUUGUUCGUUGGGUUUUGCCAGGUACUCACAUUGUGUCAGGUGUUUGGGCUGAAUACCUUCAAAUUAGUCAAAUCCAACAAGGCAUAUAUACUCACGACUAUAUAAAUCUAAUUGAAAGAGAUUCAGAAAAUCAAACCAGUGAUAUUGACAGGAUGUGGCUUAGAGUCAAGGGAAAAUUGCGCCGGAAACAUCUAACUAGUGACAAAGCUGUAUUUCAGUCUCUCUUAGCUGAAUUUAUUUGGCGGUCUCACUUUAAGAAGGAUAAUAAAUUUGCUGCUUUAAUUUACUGUAUCACACAUUUAUAUAAAGUAUAAUAAAACAUAUUUUGUACAUUUG